UAAACAUCCUUCUCUUCUCCCUUCUUGCUGGAAUGUAUGAUUCCGAUCACCGGAUUUCUGACUUGAUCGUCGUUUCACUCUCGACGAUUGCUUAGAUACAUCGAUUCAUCUCUUCUUUCUACGAAUUCUAGUUGUGUUGAUCGGAGAUUUUUGAUCCACGAGCAUAAAGUCAAAACCCUAAAACUUGAAACUUACCGAACGGAAUUGAUGGCGGAUUCAGAUAAUGAAUCUGGAGGAGGUCACAACGGCGAUCACUCCCUUCGGGAGCAAGAUAGGUUUCUUCCGAUAGCAAACGUGAGCAGAAUCAUGAAGAAAGCGUUGCCGGCGAACGCAAAGAUCUCGAAAGACGCUAAGGAGACGGUACAAGAGUGUGUAUCGGAGUUCAUCAGCUUCAUCACCGGCGAAGCUUCCGAUAAGUGUCAGAGAGAAAAGCGAAAGACGAUCAAUGGAGACGACUUGCUAUGGGCCAUGACGACGUUAGGGUUUGAGGACUACGUUGAGCCGUUGAAGGUUUACUUACAGAGAUUUAGAGAUAUGGAGGGAGAGAAGACGGCGCUCGCCGGACGGCAGGGCAGCGAGAAGGAAGGCGGCGGCGCACCAACCGCCAGUGGUGGUGGCGGCGGGAAUGGCAGUGUUGUAAAUAUGGGGAAUAAUGGAGGGGGAUUUCAUGAGAAUAAUGGAGGAGGAAUGUAUGGAACGAUGAUGGGGCACCAUCAUCAAGGAGGACACGUAUAUGGAUCGGGUGGUUAUUACCGGAUGGGUUCGAACCCAUCUAGUAAAAUCGGUUCUGUUUAUCCAGGAUCCGGCCCUUUAAACGGAAGGUCAAGAUAGAUCUUGACCUUCUAGUAUGCAUAUAUAUAAGGUUGGGUAUGAGACAAGACUGUUUUCGUAAGACACGUUUUUAGACGUGAAACAUUCACAACAAAAACACUGUGAAUGUUAUCUUCACAGUGUUUUGCUAUGAAGUUUUAAGUGUAGAAAACAUGUCUCAUAGUCUUGUCUCACAUGAUACCAAAUCUAUGUUAUAUAUAUGACAAAAUACCGUGUAAAAGAUAACUAUAUUCCUAAAUUAUAGAUAAUGGAAUGUAUAUCACUAUUUAAUCAUUUAGGUCCGUUUUGAUUUUGCUUUUGAGCAUUUC